CUUUUUUUUUUUGCGGGGACGAAUCCACCACCUUGACUUGACAAGGCUCGAUGGCUCGAAGAAACUGCUGUAGUUUCUUGCGAUCUCUUGCGCCGAUUUCAGCUUCGCGUUUAUAAGAUUCAUUUUCCUUCUCGAUUACAGUCCGUAGAACAGAUUGCCUUGGAUUUGCUCAUGCCGCGUACCUUGCGUGUAAUUGAAACGGCAGAGAAGCUAUUCAGAAAGGCAUGGUUGAUUUCAUAGGGUAUCACAAGAAUUGUUCAGUUCCCAAUUCCCUCUAGGAAUCUAAGAAAUUUCUUGCAUUCCAACCGGGGCUGAAAAGAAAUGGAGAACCAGUCAGGUCAAGCUCAGGACGGCAUGGCCGAUCAAAGAUUUCGCAGCUGGCUGACAGAACAAUUUAACACGCAGCCGUAUGCCGGCUCUUCUUCCAACUUAGCAGUAAUGCAGAUGCAGGUUCUGCCAUCUCACACAACUUCUCAGAUCAUAGACACACACCCACCUGAAUAUGAUGGCUACAACUGGAGAAUUUGUGGGCAGAAAGUAGUUCAGGGUGGGUGCCAUCAGAAAUUCUACUAUGAAUGUUCUCAAGCAAACUGCGGUGCCGAGAAAUCCGUGACACGCUCCGCAGAUGGACAGAUCAAGAAAACAGUAUGUAAGGGCAGUCACAACCAUCCACUCUCAUCAGAAAGGGUGUUUGGAGAAGGUUCAGCUACGCUGGAUGCAAUCCCUGUUGGUGAGAUAUUACAGGCAGCAGGGGUUAUCAGGCCUUCAGUUGCAAUGCCUAUGAAUGAGGAGGAAGAUGAGCUACAAUCUGGUUUGGGUGACAGCGAGGAAGAUGAUGCUAAUGAAGCAAGAGUUGAUGGUGACGGUGCUGCUGCUGAUGCCAAUGCAAUAGAAAGACAUGGUGCAGCUCAAGAUAUCACCGCUCAAACUGCAACUGAGGUUGAUGUUACGGGUAACGGCUGUCAGCAACGUAAGAAUUAUUGCCGAAGUGAAAAUAGAAGAUCAAAGUCCAAGGUAUGGAAGGAAUUUACAGCUGUGUUAAGUGUUGGAAAAAUUCAAAGUGCAGAAUGUAAGCAUUGUAAAAAGUGCCUUAGUGGAAAAAGUUCUGGAGGAACAAGCCACCUGCGUCGACAUCUAAAGAUAUGUCCUGGACAAUGCAGAGAUACUAGGAUACAGCAAAAAUGGUCAUCUUCAAGACUUGAUUCAUCUGAUGCAAAUAACUGGGAAUUUGAUCAGGAAACAUCUCUUGAGUUGCUUACAAGGGCUUUAGUCUCCAACCUUUGCCCGUUUUCAGUGACAACCAGUGCAAAUUUUAGGAAGUUUUUUGCUGGCAUCUGUCCUACAUAUAAUAUUGUGCCACAGGCUGCAAUUGAAGAGAAGUUCCUCAGCAUUUUUCAGAAUGAAAAGAUGAAGCUAAAAGAGGAAAUAGCACUUAAACCUGGAGGAGUUUUCUUAUCCGUAACAAGGUGGGCCCCUGAAUGUAAACAAUUCCUCUGUUUCACUGUACAUUUUAUUGACAAGGAGUGGAAGUUGAAUAGAAAGAUCAUAAGAUUCCAAUUUUCUGGAGAUGAGGCCCUUGAAGCUGAGCACUAUGUCAGUAUUCUGUCCAACUGGAAGUCCUUCUCGAAUAUAAGAAAUGCAAGCUAUGAAUAUGGUACUGAAAAGACUAACAAGGCUCUAAUAAAAGCAGCAGUCCAAGAUUGGAAUCUUGAGAAGAAGCUUUUAGGAAUUGCAUUGCCAACGAAUAUAGGUAAUGAAGUUAUAUUGGAUUUGGAGGAGACUAUGACAGCAGCAGGACAGAAUUUCCUUCUUGCUAAAUAUAAGUUAUUAAUUGUGCCUUGUAUGAUAAACGCGCUUCAUGGCUUGUUUGGUUAUACUCUUGAAAGAUACGUCCUGGAAGCAAGUCGGGAAUGGUUUGAGUACAUGACAUGCUCAGCAAUUCGUCUGGAAAAAUACAAGGAAAUUUUGUUGCGCCUGCACCUAAGCCAACCAUCUUUUGGUUCACAGAAAUGGCAUUUGACUUACUACUUAUUUGAGGCUGCUUUGCAGUUUGUAAAAGAAUUCCCAAACCCUGACGCGGCGCAUUUGAAAAUGUUUCUACGGAAACCAUUUCCUGAAAGACUAGAAGCAACAAAAAACUUUUGUGAUCUUGCAAGGCCAAUUUACCAUGCAAUUGAUGUACUUUCCAGACAGAACGUGGCUUUCAACUCACAUUUUCAUGUAAUUUGGAGUUUGGGAACAGUUCUGAAGGAAUCAUCCAAAAAGAUAAACAUUAAGCGCAUCAUCGAUAUUGAUGAUAUGCUGAAAAAAUUUGACAAUCUAUGGAGAAAAUGCUACGUGUGGUUGUCUUUGGCUGUUGUUCUAGAUCCCAGGUUCAAAUUAAGGUAUCUUGAACAGUGUUUCAAACAAGCUUUCGGUACUGGUGCCAAAUUGUGCAUCCUGGAAGUGCGUGGAAAGAUUUAUGAGCUCUUUCUUCAAUACUCCUGUAAUGCUGAUCAGCAAAGUGGUGAACUAGUUAAUCAUUGGAACAAUGACUUACAGAUGGAUAGAGAUGGUAAUGAUUCAUUACAUGGCACCGAUCAAAAUGACAUUGGGCAAUCGGCACUCGGGGAAUUCAGAGAACUGACUUUGUACCUUGAAGGGGGACUUUGUCCUCAAAAUGAACAAUUUGAUAUCCUGAAAUGGUGGAAGGAUAAUGCGUUGACGUAUCCAACUCUUGCUAGGCUUGCACGCGACAUUUUAGCAAUACCUGGAAGUGCGGUUUCUGCUGAGUCUGCUUUCGACGAAACUGAUGAACGGGUGAGCCUUUUCAAUCGAAAGCUUAGUCCUGAGAUAGUGGAAGCCCUCAUCUGCACUCAGGAUUGGAUAAAAUCCUCAGAAACAGGUGAUGAAAACGGUGGAAGCUGAAAUACAUCUAUGGUUAGUUCGCUAUCUUCAUUUCUGCAUACUCUCAGCAGAUCUCGCAGUCAAUUGAGCCUUCCACUUGGAUGAUUUGGAAGGAACGGAAUGUCAGAUCUUCGAAAAUACGAUCAGGCCACUGGUCUUGCUAUUUUCAGCUAUAUAUCAUGGAGGAGUUGUCAGUAGAUACUUUUAUACUUGGUUUUGAGCCAAGAACUAUGUAAUUUUUUUGAUAUGGAAGCUUUAUUAAAACUCAGUCAAAUACACCAAGAUGAAUGUAAUAAGGGGCUCUAGCUUGUGUUUAACCAAAGGGCGGAUUUUAACCAUCAUCUAAAAAACAAGAACUGUGGGUGUGGCAUGUCAAGAAGCUGCACUCUCCUUCCUAGCUUGAGCUUUAGUGUCUUUUCUCGGAUUUGUGUAGAGUUGCCCUGUCGGCAGUGACUGUAGUAGUCAACGGCUACAAUAAACUUUGUUGUAGUUUUUCCAUGUUGUGGUUUCUUUAAUUUCUCUCUUAAUAUAAUUUUACCUUCGCCGGACCAGAGAAAAAGAAGAAAUUACUUCAAUUUGGAACAACGAUUACUGCUGAUUAUAUAGCAUACAAAUGCAAGA